AUGCGGAGUGCUUGGGCUCAUCCUAAUGCUUCACACUUGACCUCUGCCGUGGCCUUGUACAUCCCUCAAGCUUCCUCUCCACCCUCGAAAUCCAUCGGCUUCCCCUUCUACACAGAAGAGAGGACCGAAGAGAUCAACGCGCAGCUGCAGCGCGUGCUGCGCAUGCGCGAGGGCUGCGACCGCCGGCUGGGCGAGGUGCGCAAGGGGCUGCUGAUCAACGAGCAGAGCACGCGGCUGCGGAGCUUCCGCCACGCCUCGGAGAAGAUUCCUGACAGAGUGGACAGCACGCUGAAAUGGGAGAAAGAGGAGCUGAAGGCCAUGAAGAGGAAAAUGGAGGUGGACAUGGAAAAAACAGAGACCUUACUCAAGACUCUGGCCACCUGCCGCGACACGCUGGGCUUCUACUGUCAGGAGCGGCUCCAGGCCGCAGAGCUCAUGAACCAGCCUCUGGACAAGGUCCUGGAGCAGGCCGGCCGCCACUCCUGGGUGGACCUCUCCCGAGCCCCUACCCCUCGAACCCAGGGCCUGAAGACACCGCCUCCCGACCCUGUGGGUGCCUACACCCCAGACUGCGCGGCGGCCCUGUUCGAGGCCAAGCGCCUGCUGAUGGAGUCCAAGGAGGCGCUGGCAGAGCUGGAGCGCGGCUCCAGCGGCCUGGACGAGCAGCAGCGGCAGAUCGGGAACCGCGUGAACAACACGCUCCUGCAGAAGAUGCGGGAGACGCUAGAGCUGAAGGAGCGGAUAAACAUGACGCUGGGCCUCAUGCGGGGCACCAUCCACCGCUGCACCAAGUUCAGCCAGGAGAUGUACGUGACGUGCGGGAUCAUCAAGGGGCCUCUGCUGAAGACUCACAUGGAGGCCCGAGAGAAGCUAGACAGACCCCUGGUUCGAAUGUACCAGAAGCACGUGGGCACGCAGCUUCCCGAGGCCACACGCCUGGCUCAGGGCACCGACCAGCUCCAUCAGCACAACACGCUCAUGGAGAAGAACUUGAAGGAGCUGCUGGCCACCCGGGACAAGCUGGCCGGGUGCCUGGGCGCCAAGGAGAUGGGCUACCAGAUAGACCACAGCGUGGUGCGCCUGCGCCGGCGCCAGCAGAACCCGCACGUGGGCUACGAGCAGGCCCAGCAGCUGGUCCACCACUGA